CCUGUGCGCACCGAUUAUUGCAGAUCUGCAAAUCGGGAAAACUAUGUCGUUCUCCAGGAAAUAUUUCAAGAGAGUGCCGAUUUACGUGGUGGAGGAUCACAACGAGGUUCUACCGUUUAUUUACCGAUGCCUGGGAUCGAAGCAUCUCCCGUUCGAGGGUAACACGUUCAUACACUUGGACUCCCACGCCGACAUGCUCAUACCGAAAGAAAUGCCGGCUGAGACAGUGUGGGACAAGAACGAAUUGUUCGAGGAAAUUAGUAUCGAGAAUUGGAUGCUCCCGGCGGCCUACGCUGGUCAUUUUAAGCACCUGAUCUGGGUGAAACCGCCGUGGUCGAAUCAGAUGGCCGAUGGAGUGACGACCUUCUUGAUAGGCAAGCACAAGGAAAGCGGUUCGAUAAGACUCACGUGCACCGAGCCUUAUUUCGUCAGCGAGGGUCUGUUCGCCAUGGCGGACGAGCUGGAGAAUACACGGGAGAUUACGUUGCACGUGAUCACCAUCGGUAGUUUCAUCGAGGAUCCGGGGAAGAGGGACGAUUUCACCGCGAUCAGCUUCGCUCUGCGGCAGUAUCUGCCCGAGAGAGACACCCCCUACAUUCUGGACGUCGAUCUCGACUUCUUCAGCACGAAAAAUCCCUUCAAGACGAUUUACGAUCGAGUGAAUCUCUACGAGAAGCUCACGCCAUUGUACACGUUCCAACGGCCGGACUCCACGGAACCGGAAGUCCUGAAAGAGGCGACCACCGCCCGAAACAAGCAGCUUAAAGAGCUGGAAAGACUCUUCGGGCAUUUGGAGGCGAAUCGGAGCCUCCAGAGCUACGAGGGCGAGAAAUCGGCGAGGUACGAAGCCGUGGAGCUGAUCUUUCGCGAGCUCACCAGCGUGUACAAGCAGUCGGAGAUCGAUUGGAAAUUGAUACACGACGCAGGCUGCACCAGAGACGACACCGACCUGCCCGAUCACGUCACCACGCGUAACGAUCUCGACCGUUUGAUCAGCGGUACGUUCAGAUCGUUCAUGGCCGCACUGCCAGCCACCCCGACGAUCGUCACGAUCGCUAGAUCCAGCGAGGACGAGUACUGCCCGCCCGACGACGUCGAUCAUAUACAGUUCGGUGUUCUCGAGGAGCUACGCCAACGUCUAGGAGACGUGGACGUUCAGCUAGCGUUCCAGGACGAAGAAAUAUUCUAAACUUUGGAGAACAUUCUCCGCAAACUAA